GGUUGAGUUGAAGAAGUCUCGAAAAUUUUAAAUUCAAAUGCGAAGGAUUGUGACCAGAUUUCGGUUUAGUGUAGUGAAGGCGUGCAGUGUUCUCCUGUAGAGCUCCGUGUUCGUCCUUUAACUGAUUUCAAAUUAACCGUGAUUGGAAUUUAGAUUGAAAAAUGUGGAAAGUUCUAAUAACCUUUCUGAUUGCUGGAAUCCAGACCAUAUCAGGACAGUACGAAUAUGUGGAAUACCCCAACGAGUCAACUGCGUCUACCCCACUCGGAGUAAAAACCGAAGCGGUCCUUUUUCUACGUGAAUUCGAUCGUGAAGCUACAGAAAUGUGCAAUCGGGUAUCGAAUGCAGAGUGGCGUUAUUCCGUGAACUCAACCGAUUAUAACAAACGAAGACUAAAGGAGCAACAAUCGGUAGCAACGAAAUUCGCUUGUAUCAGUUGGCGACGAGCUUACUCUGCCAAUUCCUCGAUUCCCACCGACACAACGAUUCGGCGCCAAUUCGACCGAAUUCUUAAACAAGGACAUUGCGGUCUCAGUGAAACCAAAUAUCAGGAGUUGAAUCACGUGUUGAAUUUAAUAAAGGAGAGUUACAACAAUGUGAAGGUCUGUGGAUACAGAGGGGAUAAGUCUACAGUGUUUUCAGAAACUGCUCCUUAUUCACCCAAUGAUCAAAGACGAGCUCAUGUCGCUCCAAAGGCUGACUACUGUGAUUUGAAAUUAGAUCCUGAUAUCAUACGAAUAAUGCAAAGGAGUCGAUCAGAACAGGAACUACGGUAUUUCUGGAAUAUUUGGAGGGAAUCCACAGGACCGCCUAUUAAAAAUACUUUUAUGCGGUAUUUAGAUAUUGCCAACCAAGCAGCUCGUUUUCACGGUUUCUCCGACGCUGGAGCACAAAUGCGAUCAUUCUACGAUGACCCUGACUUUUUCUUCACCGUCCAAGAUCUUUGGUCCCAAGUCCAACCACUCUACAAGCAACUCUUCACAUUUGUCCGUAAAGGUCUUGUUAAAUUCUAUGGAGAUAAACUAAUCCGAAAAGACGGCCCAAUACCAGCCCAUGUACUUGGAAAUGUUUGGGCGCAGGACUGGCGGAAUAUCAUGGAUCUAGUCAAUACAGGACGCAGCCAUAUCCCGAAUAUUUCAGAUGAGCUAAUCAGACAAGGGUAUACCCCGCUCAGGAUAUUUCAGGCAGCAGAAGAGUUUUUCACAUCAAUGGGGUUGCCUCCUAUGCUACCCGAGUUCUGGAGGAAUUCUUUGCUACAAAGACCAUCAGAUACUUUCAAAGAUUGUUCAGCUCCGUCUUCGUGGGACUUUUGCAAUAAUGUUGAUUUUCGGAUCAAACAGUGCACAGAAAUCACCAUUGAGGACUAUGUGAAUGCACAUCAGGAAGUGGCUCGUAUUCAAUAUUUCAUGCAGUACACUGGACAACCUUAUAUGUUUCGUGAUGGGCCUAAUCCUGCAUUCCAUGAAGCUAUUUCUCAAGCAAUUGGACUUUGCGUAUCAGGCCCGGUCCACCUCCAAAAGAUCGGACUUCUCUCAGCCGCCAUUGAAACUGCAAGUGGCAACUCAAUAGUCAACAUUGAGUACUUACUUUCGAUGGCCCUUGGUCAACUUCCUCUGAUGGCGUUCAGCCUAACACUGGAGAAAUGGCGUUGGGAUGUUUUUGAAAAAGGACCAGUUAACAUGAACUCCAGGUGGUGGGAACUGAACCUUCGUUAUAUGGGAAUUACUCCGCCUACCGCUCGCACAAAUGAACAAUUUGAUGCCGGUGCCAAGUAUCAUGUCAUAUCUGAUCAGGACUAUAUAAAAUACUUUGUAUCGACCAUCCUUCAAUUUCAAAUCUUCGCUGAACUAUGCAGUGUUGCGAACCAUUUAGGACCUCUGCAUACUUGUGAUUUUUAUAGGUCACGGGAAGCAGGGCGGCUGUUGAUGGAUGUUAUGCAAAAAGGAUCGUCCGUGACUUCAGGACAAAUCAUGAAAAUUCUCACACGCGGAAAGACAUCCAAACUAUCUGUCGCUCCACUACUGGAGUAUUUUAGACCCCUAGAAGCUUGGCUGGAAAUACAAAACCGGGAUGAACCAAUUACUGGUUGGAACUCGAACAUGGAAGAUGUCGCACUAUACCAACCCCUACAUAGCUCUGCCAAAAUGGGGACAGAGAUAUCAAACAUUAUCGUUUUUAGUUUUACUAUUUAUAUUGUAUUGUUUUGUAGAUAAGUGGGGUUUGCUGUUAAUAAA